CCAGAACUGCGAACCAUCGUCAUCGCGCAGCUCGCCGUACGCAUCGAGAAGCCGAAGCAGCAGCAGCAGCAGGCGGCGGCGGCGGCGACGCGCGGCGCCCGGCGGUUCCGUAUAGCCGCCCCCCACCCACCCGGCCCCCACUCGCCGCUAACGUGCGCCGCGCGAGCAAGGUGACGACAGGGCACCGCCAUGGCGCGUCGCGAUGCGGAUGCGCUGUAGCGAGGGAGCGGUCGGCAGCACCCCGUCGCAAGUCAUUCCUUCCUUUCGUGUUCUCCUCCCUCCCCCUUCCGAGAUCCGAUCGUCCCGAAACCCUAGCCUAAGGUCCCCCGAUUCCGCUCCCGAUCGGGGAUCGCCGGUAGGAUCGCCGGCCUUCCGGUCGUCGGAGUCUCCGCGAGAGCGAUCGCCUAGGAAUUCGCCGGCGGGGAGUCGAUUCAGGGCGCGCAUGCGCGCGUUUGGGUGACCGAUCGGUGAGAUACGAAGCGCGAGUCGCGGGGUAGAGCGGGGGAGCGAGAGGAUGCAGAGUCGAAGUCCUCCCAAGCACCGGCACGAUGGGACUUCGCCGCUGCCUCUGGGAAUGGAUUGGAGCCCUCCGCCUCGGAAAUGGAAUGGGCGGGAAACUGCGUGGCCGCACGAUCAUCGGACAGGGUGGAGUUACUGUGUUACGAUACCUUCAUGGGUCCUGCUGCCGAAAUCAAGAGACUCGGAUCCUGUUGUGUUUUACAGGGUUCAGGUUGGUUUACAAUCUCCCGAAGGUGCUACGACUGUUCGUGGAGUGUUAAGAAGAUUCAAUGACUUUUUGAAGUUAUUUUCUGAUCUUAAAAAAACAUUUCCUAAGAAAAAUCUUCCACCAGCUCCUCCGAAGGGACUUUUGCGGAUAAAGAGCAGGGCAUUGUUGGAUGAGAGAAGGUGCUCGCUGGAGGAAUGGAUGACAAAGCUCCUAUCUGACCUUGACUUGUCGAGAAGUUUUGCAGUGGCGUCAUUUCUUGAACUAGAAGCUGCUGCUAGAUCUUCUUUUCAAGACACAAAUCAAAAUGUGCCAGAUGCAUUGGGUUCUGGAAACAGUUCAGAAUCAUCACAUCAGCCACAAAAUGAUUCAGCAUUAUCUGUUGUUGCUGGUGGUUCAUCUCUCACAUCAGAUUAUGGCAGUGAUACUGCCUACGAGAACUCCGACCUUGGAACACCAACGUUAGGAAGACAUGAAAGUUCUGAUGUGGGUGUGGAGGAAUUUUCUUUGGAUGAAGACUUGCCUAAUCCCAUUGAUAGACUUGUCAAAUAUGGUGUGUCUAAUAUCGAUGAGGGUCUGUUCAUGGGUGAAGCAAUCUUAGAGCAGCUGGAAGGUUUAGAUAGGCGUAAAAUUCAUGGCAACCAUGUAAAUGUCAGUGGAAAAAAUUUGGAAAAUGGAAAUAUUUCCAAAGUCCCAUAUCUUAUGGGAAAUGACUUAGAACUCUUCACAGAGCCAGAUCAUUUUAAGGUUACUGGCCACACACGGAAACUCUCUUCUGAUAGCAUUUCCAGUGACGUGAGCUCUCUCAGAGGUAGUGAGUCAUCAAACUCUGGAAUGCCUAAUUCAUCUGGCAAUGGCUCUGCUUACCUUUCUGGAGCUGUUGAAACUUCAAGUGCUCCAGAAAUUCUUGGGAACACAGAGCUGCAUGCUUCAGGAGAUGGCCAAGUCAUCCUUCCGAUGGAUCAGCGCAGUAAAUUGAAUAGGGUCAUGUUCUCCUUUCAACGAAGGCUAGUAACAGCAAAAACGGAUAUGGAGGAUCUUAUAUCGAGAUUUAACCAGGAAACUGCCGUGAAAGAUUACCUUAUGACAAAGGUUAAGGAUUUGGAGGUGGAACUUGAAACUACGAAACAAAAGAGUAAAGAAAACCUAGAACAAGCCAUAUUAGCAGAGAGAGAGAGGUUUACUCAAAUGCAGUGGGAUAUGGAGGAAUUACGACAAAGAUCUUAUGAGAUGGAGUUGAAGUUAAAGUCUAAACAGGAUGGUGAGUCAAGUUCUGAAUCAACAGGAGCAUCCUUUAGCCCACGGAGGGACCAGCUGCUUCAGGAGUUGGAUGAAAGCAAACAACAGGUUGGCAAUUUGCAGAAAAGAUAUGAAGAGCUAGAACUAAGGUCAAAGGCAGAUCUUAAAGUCCUGGUUAAAGAGGUUAAAUCUCUCAGAAUCUCCCAGAAGCAUUUGAAGCAAGAGCUUAGUCAAUCUCUGGAGGAAAAGAGAAAAGUCGAGAAACUCCUUGAAGAGGAAAAACAAAUGAAUCAACAAUGUGAAACUGCCUUGAACAAGCUAUUGCAAGAGUGCAAAACCAUCCACAAUGUACUGCAAGACUGCGUUGUCAAUAUCACUGCAGAUGAUGUAAAAGACCUUGAUUCUUACUCUGUUGAAGGCAUACGAUUCUCGUCUAUGUUGGAUGACCGAAUUGGUCGUAUAACUGCACAGGCACAUAUGUUGGCCCAAGAAGGCCGUGCUGCUGCUUCUGAUAUAUAUGGAGAUAAUGGAGUAAAUGACAACACAAGAAUGGUCGAGGAUGAAUUGAAGACUACCAUAGCAAACAUCAUCAUCGACAGUAGCACUUUAUUUAGAAAGCAGAUGGAUGGUUGGACUGUUUGGUGGUAGUAAGUACUUUCUUGAAACCUAAGUUACGGUAUGGACAGGGCAUGAGCCAUGAGGACACCAAAGAAUAACAGUAACGGUGCAUACAGAAUGGCCAGGAGAAAAUGGCCUCCUUGUUUUUGGUUCGUUCAGAUAAGCCUGGAGAUGUUUUUGUAGGUUCACUACGACUAUACGCUUUACGGUGUAGACUUCUUGUUGCUGAGCAUGAUGGCGUUUUAAGGUACUGCAUUGUCUCCAUUGUCAAUCCGAGUGUUUAAAAGCACUCGGAGGGAGUCGGAUAUAGCAGAAGAGGUUUACAAAUAUGGCGGGUAAACCGUGACCGGGAGGCUGGAUUCUUUCGGUUCGGGGUUGUGACGCUGAUGUGACAUCCGCUCGUGAAAGGUCGCGACUGAGCAUCCUAUCAUCCACGCCUUCUCUUUCGGCAGUUUGACGAUUGAUGUUGAGAUGCAAUAGUUUGCGAUAUGGUCCUUUCGGAGCAGUCAAUUCUUAAAGGGAAAGAUAUCUAUGAAUCCUAUUUUGGCAUUUCGUAUGCUUCAGUUCAGCCCCUCAGUUUGUUGAAAUGGCAUUUUCAGGCUCUACGUAUUGUGCCGCAGGAAGCAAUUCGUAAUCCUCAAUUGAUUCACUUGAUUUUACGAUGA